AUGUCGGAGGUAGCACCAAACAAUCAACGAAAUGCUGCGCGACCGAAGCCAGACACGAGGGCCCCUCCCGUGUGCCCGACUGACGACGACGAGACGGUAGCCGUCAGGAAGCAGACGCGGACGUUCGACUAUGUCUGGCGUUCUGGCGUCGCGGGAGGCCUGGCAGGAUGUGCUGCAAAGACGGUUGUCGCACCUCUUGACCGAGUCAAGAUUCUGUUCCAGGCGAGUAGUCCGCAAUUCGCAAAGUACACUGGGUCGUGGUUCGGUGUCGUGACGGCAAUGAAGGACAUUCGCUCCCACGAAGGCUUCACGGGGUUGUAUAGAGGACACUCGGCCACUCUCCUCCGAAUCUUCCCCUACGCCGGAAUCAAGUUUCUUGCGUACGAGCAGAUCCGCUCCAUGAUUAUCAGGAGGCAAGAUCAAGAGACGCCCUGGCGCCGGCUUAUCAGCGGCUCCCUGGCGGGCAUCACGUCCGUCUUUUUCACAUAUCCAUUGGAGGUCAUUCGGGUCCGGUUAGCGUUUGAGACAAAACACGGCGGUUCCUCGUUAUCCGCGAUUUGCCGGCGGAUCUACAACGAGCGUUUUGUGCGGACGUCCCCCGCCUCGCAAGCGGCCGGCACCUCGGCAACUGAGGCGGCCGCCUCCGCCGUCACCGCCGUUGCCCCGCGCUCGGGUCUGAUCAACUUUUACAGAGGCUUCACCCCGACCAUGCUGGGUAUGCUCCCUUACGCCGGCAUGUCCUUUUUGACGCACGACACGGCCGGCGACGUUCUCCGCCACCCCAAGCUCGCGAAAUGGACAACGCUUCCGCGGCCGGAGAACUUGCCUGCGGGCAAGCCCACGCCGCUGCGAUCAUGGGCCGAACUACUUGCCGGUGGUGUUGCCGGCCUCAUCUCCCAGACUGCAUCGUACCCGUUGGAGGUCAUUCGUCGGCGAAUGCAGGUUGGCGGUGCCGUGGGCGACGGCCACCGACUGCGCAUCGGCGAGACGGCCGCCAUGAUCUUCCGGGAGAGGGGUAUGCAGGGGUUCUUCGUGGGCUUGACUAUCGGCUACGUCAAGGUUGUGCCCAUGGCAGCGGUCGCCUUUUACACGUACGAAAGAUCCAAGAUCUGGCUGGGAAUUUAG